UGAGCUCCCACACCUCCCCGCCCUCUCGCCCAGCUCCCGGUCCCCCUGCAAUGCGUGUAUAUCCCCAUGUUCAUGACCUUGUGGCUCGCACUGCUGGUCUCCGACCAAGCGAUCGUUCGAUUAAGGCAUGGCUCGAGGCUGCUGUUCAAUCUUGGCACUGUGCCAGGGCUCAUCUGAUUUUUAAACGUCAAGAUGAAGCAUACGUUGAAUAUCUUCUUGCAUUUGAAAUUGCGGCCGAUAUUAUUCCGAGAUGCCAGGAUUUUCCCACUUUCAAAACCACGGCCGGUCGUCUUUACCAGGACUUUGAAACUUUGAAAAAGGAGUUGGUGCAAAAAAUUCCCCAGUUUGCCAAGGUUAAAGAGGAAAUCAAGAAAAAUAACGAUAUCUCCGGAGUUGUCAGUGCCCAAGCUCAACUAGAAGCAGAGGCGCAGUUGCGUGCAGCAAAGUCUUCAUCUGACAAUCGCGGAAAUGCAGCUACCGGAUCGAAGAAGCCUGUAGUGAAAGCCAAGCCCGAAAUUUUGUCCUCUAGGCCACUCCUAGAUUUGCAAGGUAUGGUGGCUUCACACAAGAGCAACGGGACAGGAGGUUCCAGCUCGAAAACCGGGAAAGCUGCUUCGGAUGACUUGGAUUUGGAGGCUCGAUUCGACAAGCUUUCCACGCCAUCUGGCCGGCCAUCUUUGCUUUCAGGUUCCCAGCGCAAUAGACAGCCGGCAUCUGCAAACCUCCAAGAUCCAAGGGAGGUGCAUGCGAAACUGCCACCGCUAGAUGUCAGUGCGAUGCCCAAACUUCCAGCUCCAACAUAUUCACCGGCAACCAGUUUCACAUCUCCCACCGGGAUACCACCACAUCGAAGUUCUACUCGUCCCUCCCUGCCCACCCAGGCUCCAACCGAGUCGGAGAGCGCUCGACCACGGCCCACGGCCCCCAAGGUGACCACUAUCUCAGUCGAUACACUUUGUAAUUAUCUCCAGGAACCAGAAAUAUCUGUACUACUGCUUGACGUCCGUCCUCGAAGUAAAUUUAUGGACGGGCAUAUAUACACGCGGUCCAUAGUUUGCGUCGAGCCCAUAAUACUACGCGAAGGGAUGUCGGGGGAUGAUCUAGACGCUACGUUUGUCCUUGAACCCGUCAAGGAGCAGGACCUGUUUAGUAAAAGACAUGAUUAUGAUUUCGUAGUUUACUAUGACCAGUCCACCACAAGCAAUAGCUUCCUUAGUGGAUCAACAAAUGAUCAGCAUCUUAUAACAUUACGGAGCCUACACCUAGCCAUGGAUGACUAUACUUUCGGGAAGCGACUCAAAAAUCCACCGCUCUUGCUUGUCGGGGGACUCGACGCAUGGAUAAAUUUGGUUGGAAAGCAAGCAUUGAAAGUUGUUGAUCCUGAAGCACCAGCGAUAAUUCGCUCGGAUGCAAGACACUCAGCCCCUCCCGGUAGAGAAUCCGGAUCCCUAGAGCAACCGGACAGCCAACCGGGCAUAUACAGGGAAAACCCGUCCAAUAAAAGCUCAAUCCGGUCUCUGACUCAGCGACGACAGGACCGUGAUUCGCAAAGAGGAUCAUUGCCGCCUCCUCUAAAUAGGCAAAGCUAUAAGAAGAACGAGGAAUCUGCACAACGCUACACAAUUGACAUCGAAGAGGAACAGAGGUGGAUGGAGAGGUUACAGAAGGAGCGGGAGCCUGUGACGAUGAGUGCUAUUUCAUCUGCGGAUGAAAUAGAUGCAAGGAGGCGGAGAAGAGGUACAUCUAUCAUAACAUCUAGUGACUUACCACACGUACGAACAGUGGAAGAAUUCGUAAGCUCUGACCUUAUUCCUGCUGUGCCACUGCCUGUUGCUGAACCGGAUCAGUUCCAACGUUACCCUGCGACUCCCCAUACACAGCAAUCUAUGACUUCCUCUUCUUUGCCCACUCCUCAGCAGGAUCGUUUCCCUACAUCUUUAACUAGGAGGCCAACAAUCAUCGAUCACCCCUUUCAUGGGUUUACUGACGUUCGUAAUCCUGAAUUCAAUCCCCCGCCUUCCCCUGCCCGCCCCCCGCCUGCCGUCCCUCGGAGAAGCUAUAGUGGUGUGUCUGAACGCCUUGCCCCCACCCUACCUCCACCUCCACCUCCACUUCCGGCCCCUGAGAGACCCCCUAAAAUUCCGGAAGUGACAAGCAAGUCACCACUCACUCCAUUCGCAGGCAUGAACACAGUGAACAUUGGUACUACUGGGCUUAAGAAUUUAGGUAAUACAUGUUAUAUGAAUGCUGUUUUGCAAUGCAUGAGUGGGACUAUUCCUUUAUCUAGGUACUUCUUGGACGGUAGCUAUAAGAGCCAUGUCAGUAAGGAUAAUCCCUUAGGGUCUCGUGGGGUUUUAGCGGAGGCAUUUGCAGCGAUCGUCAGACAUCUAUGGAGUGGUGAAUAUAGUUUCAUUUCGCCCAUUACCAUAAAGGAUGUAGCCGGCCGUUUGAAUGAGAUGUUUCGCAACAACGACCAGCAGGAUGCCCAGGAGUUUCUUGAAUUUCUUUUAGACGGGCUGCACGAGGAUCUCAAUCCCCACGCAAAUCAUGGAAAACUUAGACCCCUGAAUGACGAUGAGGAGUGCCGUCGAGAGAGGCUACCAGUUCAACUGGCAUCCAUAAUUGAAUGGCAACGAUAUACCCAUCACAACUAUUCGGUCGUUGUGAACUGGUUUCAGGGGCAAUUGAGCAGCAUGCUUUCAUGUUUGACAUGCGGGAGAACCUCGACUACCUAUUCUCCUUUUAUGUAUCUCUCUCUCCCGAUACCUGCCACGAAGAGCAAUAACUUCACUCUCCGCGACUGCUUAGAAGAGUUUGUCGGCGAAGAAACACUGGAAGGUAAUGACGCUUGGCUUUGCCCACGGUGCAAAAAGGCUCGGAAAGCGACAAAGAAGCUGACCAUUACUCGACUCCCGCACAUCCUAAUUAUCCACCUCAAGCGUUUCACCAACAGAGGUCCGUGGAGAGACAAACUUAACACUUUCGUUGAUAUUCCUCUCCGCCAUUUGGACCUCACGAAAUAUAUGCCUCCGCCGCUAGCCAGUGAUGAAUUGCCACGGACACUCCCCCCACCAACAGCUGAGACGACUCCACCUUUCUUCUAUGACCUGUAUGCUAUCUGUAAUCACUACGGCACGAUAAAUGGAGGGCACUAUACCGCUGUGGUUCGAAGCUCGUGCAAGGGCGGUUGGAAUUCAUUCGACGACAGCAAAGCAACUUUGGUAGAAGAGGAAAGAGUAACCAAAAACGCAUAUGUCCUGUUCUGGGUUCGUGGAAAUGUAAUGUGAAAGCAUCAUGUUCGGAUGCGAUAGAGAAAUCUACACGCUUUGCUCUUUACGGCGUCUGUUCUAGUGGAGUUCUAUCCUUUUACUCUAGCAUCUUUCUUCCUUGUUUUUCUUUUUCUUGCAGGGGCCAAUUACAUGGAUUUCUCUCACUUUUCUUUCCCUCAACCCAAGGAGCUAUCGUUAUUGUACGUCUCUCGUCCGAUACCUUUUUCCUAUUUUUUUGUCAGCACUAUUACCGUAUGCUUUGUCAACCACCCCUUCCCCUCCCUCUAUUAGGAUUUCGGGAUUCGAAGCGUGGUCUUAUGUACAUAGUAUCAUACGGUACAUGCGCCCCACGAGAAGCGUGUGAUGAAACCGUGAGCUCUUGGCUGUGGUGGAUUUGGCUUCAGUUCAUUUUAUACAAAUCGCAAAUUGGAGAGUUACUUGCUGAGGAAACCUAUUCUAUACCAGCCGAUCCUGGGCUCUCCUACAGAAUACCAGCAAUAUCCUAGCA